AUGAGACUAACAACACCCGAUGAGCAAGAUGAGAUUUCUCUCAGACUUCUCGGAAGAAAGGGCAAGUUUGAAGCCUACUUCACGCUCUUCGAUGAACUAGCCCUAAGGGAAAGCACAUUUAGUUGCAGUUAUGUUUCCUCCUCACCAACCCAUCGGCAUGUACUAUCGACUGCUAUCCUGCUCAGAAAUAACGCACAAAAGACAAAAGAAGAGACCAUGAACCAAAUUUCUCAUGAGAACGAGAUGGUUGGAGAGGACGUCGGUAACAUUAUCAACAGGGCAGUACAAGCAAUGGUGAUGAUUGACUCGGCGGCUCAAGAAUGA